GAAGCGGGCAGUAUAUCCCCAGGCCCAAGACACGGCACUGCUUCCUGAGGAGUUUGGGCGAGCUGAGAAACCUGCGUGUGCUUGCUCUGGAGUACUCGCACAUCGCCGACGGAACUGGGGGAGCUCUGAUUUCCUUGCUACCGGUCCUGAAGAGACCACACUUUCGAUUGCAGUUGAUGUGCCGGGAAGACCAGACCCCGGGUCGAGCUGACGCCGCGCUGGGCACAGGCGGCUACGACAUCCCGGACACGGCCUGGCGACGCGUCACCAUCGCCUGCCCAGACCUGUAUUUGCUGAUGUCAUUCU